AUGGGACGCUUCCGUCAACUGGGAACGCUUCUCGGGCGACAAAAAGCGGCAAUUCUGGCGCUGACCAAGCAACACAAUGGAGCUACAAGCAACGUUCGUGCAGCGCAACGGCCGACUGAACCCGCCAGCGUCGACCACCUGGGACGCCCGCUCUCCGAGGCUGCGCUUGCUAUGGCGCGGGAGUACUGGAAUGUUCAGAGACAGUUCGAGUCCCACAUCGAAUCCCCCUUCUUGGACGACAAGAAUACAAAACACUCUAGGCAGUCAGUUGACCUCCUACUACAGCUAGCCCAGAGCAGGAUAGCAUACACGAGCCACGUACUUGGCGUUACCGAACUCGAGUCCCGCACCCGCACUUACGAACCUCCGUACGUCGGGCCGCUGGCUGCGGCUGACGUAGCUGCCACGACACCAAAACUGCCAGUCGCGUCUGCGGCGCAGCCCGUGCCUGAGCAAGCUAGUGAGCCAGUCCUCUAUCCCGAGCAGCAGCCCGUCCUCUGCCCCGAGCAGCUGGAGGUGGUCGAGCUCGCCGCUAGCGGCCGCAAUAUCUUCUAUACCGGAUCCGCAGGCUGUGGCAAGUCAACUGUUCUACAUGCCACCAGAGCACGUUUGAGAAAUAUGGGCAAAAAUGUCCAAGUCGUGGCGCCAACGGGCAAGGCUGCUCUGGCUAUUAACGGCACCACGACCUGGAGUUAUGCCGGAUGGACACCUAACCACCACAAGCGGAAACUCGAAGAAUUGGAAACAGCAGCGCUCGGCAAGGUUAUACGCAAGCGUUUCGAGGAAACUGACACCCUCAUCAUCGAUGAGAUUAGCAUGGUCGAGAACUUGCACCUGGAGCGGCUUAACGCUGUCAUGAAGAGUGCCCGCGGCAACAACUCUCCUUUUGGCGGCGUGCAGCUUAUUGUCACGGGAGACUUUUGCCAGCUUCCACCCGUAAAGCCCUUUCAGCACUGCAUAACUUGCGGAAGUGAUCUUAUAUCGACAGAUGAAGAAGAAGACACCAUCCAUUGCUGCCCUUGCUGUGAAAUCGAGUACAACGACAGCGACAAGUGGGCAUUCCGCAGCGAAGCUUGGGCUGAGUGCAACUUUGUACACGUCCACCUCAAGUCAAUCCACCGCCAGAACGAUCCCGACUUCAUUUCUAUGCUGCAAAAGUGCCGUCUCGGUAUCCCCUUUACCCAGGACGAAAUCGACACCCUCAUGACUCACCGCUCCGUGGCGGCCGAUGCCAUCAAACUCUUUCCCACUCGCGACGAAGCCCGCCGCAUCAACAAUGAAGCCUUCCGGCGCCUCAAGAGCCCGCCGCACACUUACGUAUGCCGAGACAAGUUCAUCUGGAAGGGCGACCACCACCCACACCUCAAGUCCAAAGGCCGAAGAAACCCAGACAACUCCCUUGUCGCCCUCAACGACCAUCACUUUGAUCGUCGCAUCGACCUCAAGAUUGGCAUGCUCGUGGUUCUGCUUGCCAACAUCAAUCUGGCUGCAGGCCUUUGCAACGGCAGCCAAGGCACCAUUAUUGGUUUCGAACCGUACAACCCGACAACCCUACGCUGGGCAUGA